AACUCUACGUUGGAGCACUGGACCCAACCGCAUCGACGACACGAGUGAAUGCAUAACUGGGAUCAAAAAAUGAAAUUCCGUAUGCUUCGCAAGCUCAAAAGGAGCCAAGCAAGCAUGAUGCACCGGAUUAGCUUGGUGUCUCGUUCACGAAUUUCCGUAGACAUUUAAAAGACUGCACUUAGACUAGCCUAAAUUGUGAAUACUAGCAGGUGCCAGAAUAGUUUGCGUAUGUUCUGUGUACGCGCAAGAAGGACAGCAACUCGUCUCUUCCAUUGCAAACAUAUACAAGAGGCUGCUAUCGGACGAGUUUCUUUAGGUCCUUAGCCUAAUGAAAACAGCGCUGACUUGGUUACAAGCGCCAAUAUAGCCUUUCUACAAGCCACUGCGUCUAGACGCACGGCGUUCGAUAUGUCACAACGUUGUGAACUUGUAUAUACGCACCUCUUCCUCAUAUUAUCGUCAUCAUCAUUCAUCAGCCCUUAUCCUCUCCGUCCCUUUUCCCCAGCGUAGAGUAACAGGCCCGAGCAAGCUGUGGCUCAGGCCGACCUCCCUGCCUUUCUGUAAAUGAAAUUCUCACUCUCCACGAGUGCCACUUAUCCAUUCAGAAGAAUAUUUAUUUUUCUAGUGUAACUUUCUUCCUCUAGGUUUCUUUUUAUCAGGUCGUUAGAAGUCACAGAGUGCGCCAGCACUGUUAUUUUUCUAGGUUUUCUAGCACAUAGUGACGUCCCCCUAGGCAUAAAUUGUGUCCCAUUGGUUUCCACGAAAAAAUUGCAUUGGAGCUCUACAUUAAGCGUCGGCAUGACGCUCAAUAGGACCUUUGCGGUCGCUUUCCAUGUAACAAAACCGAAAAAAAAAAAAACUCCAAUAGUUCCAGUUUCUGAUAAACAUAACACAAUGAUCCACCGGAAAAAGUAAAUGUCCGUAAGACUCUUGUACUUUUAAAGCAACAUCGGUUCACUCUUCACCACGAGAGGGCAUAGCAUCUUCGUAAUUUUCAAAACCAUCGCCAUCGUCAUCGCCUGCUUCAGAAAUUCUCUAAGCUGUUCUCGCGUUUCCAGACCGUGGUCGACGAAGACUACCAAGAAUCGCUUUGCAAGGGGGUAGUUUUUCUCGCCAGGCAGGACACUGCUUCUUGGCCAACCCACCGUAGUGGGCAUGGGCGAGCAUCUGGAAGCAAGACAAGACGAGAAGAAGAACAACAACUAAACCAUCUUCCUCUCUUGGAAAGUACCACAGGGAUAUUUGCUCAACCGUGGAGGAAUUUAUAAUUGCUACAAAGAGAUUGUCUUGAAUUCUUAAACAUUUUAUUUUUGUUCAUUUCCUCCAGUUAGCUUCCCCCGUAGUGGGUAUGGGCGAGCAUCUAGAAGCAAGACAAGACAAGAAGAAGAACCACAACCAAACCAGCCUGCACGGUCUCCUGCUCCCUCUUCACAACAUGCUCCCGUCACUCACGUCGGCCAUGCCUCACACCGUGGCUCGCUGGCUACUCCUCCUGAGCCUCUUGCUGUGCACUAAUCCGCAAGGCGUCUCGAGCGUGUACUACGGCAAGACUAUCGGCCCCGUAAAAACGAACGCGCACAGCUUCACGGGCACCGUGUACGCCGCCAACGAUACCAGCGUCGUCAUCACCGGCCUCAACUACGAUGGCAAAGGACCCGCGGCGUACUUCUGGGCCGGCUUCAAUACUGAUCUGGACAACAACGCGGACAAGCUGCUCGAUGAACACGGAAGCGACAAAGUAUUGAAGGCCUACACGAACGCCGAGGUGCGACUGACGCUGCCUAAGAAGAUCACUGCGUACAAGUCCCUGGGCAUCUACUGCAAACAGUUUGGGGCCGACUUCGGCAACGUCAAGAUUCCGGACAGCUACGAGCUGCCCAAUGAGCAGAGCCUCGGCAAGCUGUCCCCCAAACAACACAACACCAUGGCGGCUGAGGUCAUCCUCAAGGACAGCUCUACUAUGCUUCUUAAACAGUUCGAGUACGACGACACCAAAUGCUCAGGAUCCGCCUUCUUCGUAUCGGCCCCCAGUGACAACCCACCACCGGAUCAGCUCACGCGCCUGCCGUACGACAACGGAAAGACGACGAAGCUGGAGCGAUACGACAGGAAGGAUGUGAUCAUCACGCUCCCCGAUAGCCAGAGCUGGAACGAUUUCAAGUGGUUCUCGGUUUACUGCAUCGACGCCAAGCAAAGCUACGCCGACAUCGCCAUCGACCCGGUGUUGUCCGAGAAAGUGCCCCUACACGUUUCCAGGUUGGCCUCUCAUGCUUCACCCGACAACAGUCCGAACGCUGGGUCGACGCUGGGUCCGCUCUCAGUUCUCUCCGUAUUCAGUUUAGGCGUGGCAACAGUAGUGGCAGCUAUCGCCACGUCGGAAUGUUUCGGUGAGUUUUCUGUCUUCCUGUCACUCUGCCUUUCCUUUUUCUUUUUUUUUUUCUUUUUUUACGCCUACGGCGAAAAUUUUCCUUCUCUGAGACCAGUUCUGCGCAGCGUCACAAGUUUGAGAACGUUUCGCGACAGAAAAUUCUGCUUUCUGCUGAACGCUCUGGCUGGCUCGUAGGAAAUAAACUGCGCUAUCUUCUCGCGAUUGUUGGUAGCAAAUAUCACGCGGCUUCGUGAAUAUAACAUCAGGCCACAGUCAGAUUAUAAGGGAGUCGCGCUACAACACUAGCCUAUAGGUAGGAGGGGAAAGGUUAGUGUGAACGUUCCACAUUACUGUGUUAUAUUACACAAUACGCGGAUAUCAUUUUUAAGUCGUGACGGAUUAUUCGGAAAUUGCUUGUUGCAGGUAACAUAAUUCUAAUCCCUGAAAGGAAUUACUCAGGCAAGCGGAACCUACUUGCAUGAUAAAUCGAAACACGCAUCCAACUAAUAAACUAAAAUUAACUUCAUUAAAUUCAUUAUUUUACGGCAUUUAUUGCAGUUCACGAAUUGUCACCGGUGAGUUUGCAAGGUGUACUCACUUGAAAUGAAUUUCCGGAAUGGCAUCCGUUUGGAGAUAUGCGCCGUCAAACUCGCCGUAAAAAUGCACUGUUGUUCCACGUACUUUUCUUAACAAAACGCUCUUGUAUGCAUUG